AUGUCCUCUCAAAACGUUCAUCCAAGCAAAUACAGCAGAUUGCGAAGUUUCUACAAAUACUAUAUCGAUAUAUUUAAUACGUUGUAUCAGUUGAAAAAGGAAAAAGAAGAAGAAUUAAACUCGAUUUACAAAAAUAUUAAACUAAAAUUGAUUGAUUCAAAUAAAUAUCCUCCCCAAGAUAUGAUAAGAGAUAUUUUAGAUAUCAUUCCGUAUAAUAAUCGCUAUGCAAAGUCAUAUUUAUCUCUUGCCAAAUUCAUAUCUGAUGAAUAUCAUGUCAAAGAGGUCAACUGUGUCAUAAAAAUUUCAAACUUCCUGUUUUAUAUAGAAUAUGGAAUUAAUUUAGCCAAAGAUGAUGACUUCGAAAACGAUGAUUUUAACAAUCUCGAAAUUCACACAGAUGAUACAAUUUACAAAGCAAUUAUGAAUAAUGACUUAAUAAAAUUCAUCUUCUUUAUUGAAACUAAAGGUUUUGAUGAAACUCAAGAACUUGAAAGCAGUUUAUAUCCAUAUUAUUAUAAAGGAUAUUCUCUACUUGAAUUAUGUUGUUACCAUGGAGCAGUUGAUUGUUUCAAGUUAUUAAGAACGAAAUUCGGCUCAAAAAUAACUAAAAAAUGUCUAGCAUUAUCAUUUUUAGGAGGAAAUCAAGAGAUCAUGAAUGAAUGUUUGAAAUAUAAGAAACCAAAUAAAGAAUGCAUGAAAUAUGCAAUUAUUUCACACAACAUUGACUUUAUCACAUUCUUAAUGUAUGAACACAAAAUAGAUAUCGAUCUAAGAUACUCAGGAACUUACAAUAAUCUUGAAUCAUUUUUAGUUUGUUUCGAUCAAACUAAUGAGAUUGGCGAAUACCUGGUUUAUUCACUGAUGUUUAAAACUCCAUCUCUUGUUGAAUACUUCCUUUCACAUGGUGCAAAUAUUAAUGAAAUAAUUUUUGAUGGAAGCACCGCACUUCAUUUUGCAGCACAGAGUCAUAGCAAAGAAACUACUGAAGUUCUUGUUUCACAUGGUGUAAAUAUCAAUAGAAAAACUAGAUAUGGAAUAACUGCUCUUCAUAUUGCAGCAAAAUAUAAUAGCAAAGAAAUUGCCGAAGUUCUCGUUUUACAUGGUGCAAAUAUCAAUGAAAAAAAAUUUGAUGGAAACAACGCUCUUCAUAUUGCAGCAAAACAUAAUAGCAAAGAAACUGCCGAAGUUCUCAUUUUACAUGGUGCAAAUAUCAAUGAAAAAAAUGAAGAUGGAAACACUGCUCUUCAUAUUGCAGCAAUACAUGAUAGUAAAGAAACUGCCGAAGUUCUCGUUUCACAUGGUGCAAAUAUCAAUGAAAAAACUAAUGCUGGAGAAACCGCACUUUAUUUGGCAAAAUAUUUUAAUUGUAUAAGAACUGAAAAUUUUCUCAAAUCGCGUGGUGCAAAAUAA